AUGAAAUACAGAACAGCCUUUCUCUCCCUCCAUUGUUUGCUGUGCACUUUCCAUUCAUGUUUAGCAAAAGAUUUCUUGAACGUUGGUGAAAACAUAACCGGAACAAGUGUUCUUUCUUCAGCCAAGAACAAAUUCGUACUAGGCUUCUUUUCUCCUCCUGGAAGCCCUACAAGAAGUUACCUAGGAAUAUGGUACAAUCAAUCACAGUAUCCAGGACCGCAAACAGUAAUAUGGGUUGCCAACAGAGACAAUCCUAUUUCAAAUCCCAACGUUGGAGUGUUUCGAAUUGCCAAUGAUGGAAGAAUCACUGUAACAGAUACAUCAGGUUCUGGCCAAACAUGUUAUUGGUCUUCAAGGAAUGAAGCUUCUACAUCAAGAAACAGGACAGUGAAGCUAUUCGAUUCUGGCAACCUAGUGCUGAUGAUGGUACUUGACGAAGCCAUCAUCUACCAAAGCUUCCAUCACCCCACAGACACGUUUCUUGCCGGCAUGAAAAUGGACUCGGAGAUGAAACUAACUUCUUGGAGCAGCGAUGAUAAUCCUAGAACUGGAUCAUUCACUUUUCAGAUCGCCGGGGACGGUGAUGACUACAGCUACAAGUACAAGUACAGCCCUUCUUAUGCUAUCUUAAAGAAUUGGCAACGCUAUUGGGAGAGUGGGAAGCACUUGGAUUCAGAUUUCGAUGCCAUAAUAUCUUACAUGCUCACCAACUUCAGCACCGGAACAAACACUUCUGACAACUUUGACAACACCAUGUUGGUGAUGAAGAGUACCGGAGAGCUUAAGCUUCUGGUUUGGGACAGCUUCGGACACGAUUGGUUGGUACGGUGGAAGGCUCCGGCGAGCCCCUGCGACCAGUACAACUUUUGCGGCCACUUCACAAGCUGUAACGGUAAUAACUACAAACCUUGUAACUGCUUACCUGGCUUCAAGAGAGCAGAAGUUAGCGAUGAGAACAACGGAUGUGUUAGAAGGACAGCCACAGAAGAAUCAUGUGGUGGCGGCGGAGGAGAAGGUAGAAGUGCUUUCUUGGAGUUUGUUAAGGUGAAACCUGGAAUCCCGGAUGGAAAAUACCCUGCAGAGAAUGAAUCAGAAUGCAAAGAAAGAUGCCUUCAGAACUGUAGUCACUGCCAGGCGUAUUCGUAUGUUGAAGCUGAUGUCAACGGUUAUAGGUGUUGGAUAUGGACACAGGAAUUAGAUACAGUUCAAGAUGUUGAAGAUGAUCACCUUCGUAACCUCUUCGUCCGCCUAGACAAAUCAGAUAUAGAGCCAACUACAAGAACUUGUGAACCUUGUGGGAUAAACACAGUUCCUUAUCCGUUAAGCACUGGGCCAAAUUGUGGUGACCCCAAUUACUUCAACUUCAGUUGUAACAGCUCAACAGGUCAGCUUACAUUCAUUACUAGAACUUCCACGAGUGGCACUACUAUCCAUCAUAAAGUUACUAGCAUGGAUGUUGAAUCCAAAAAGUUGGUUAUUCAAGUUGACCCCUCAGUCACUUACUGCACAUAUGAGACAUUUAGCAGCGAUGAAAGUCUCCACAUUGGAUCUCCAUUUAGUGUGACCAAUGAUUGCCUUGACGAAGAUGAAAUAGAGGUCACUUGGGAACCGCCACAUGAACCAAUCUGCACUCACUCACAAAAUUGUGAGGGAUGGAAUCAUUCAACUUGCAAAGCAACAAGAAAUGGAAUGAGGUGCAUUUGUGAUGUCAAUUAUCGUUGGGAUGGUGAUUCUCUAACUUGUAAACAAGUUCCUAGUAAAGGAAAUUCAAGUGGCAAAACAUAUUUGAUUCUUGGAAUAACUCUUACAAGCGUGAUUACUCUGGCAUGUGCAAUUAUCUUUGCUUACUUAUGCAACAGAAAAAGGAAGGAAGACAAGAAAAGUAAUAAGAGAAAUCGAGGGCGCUUAUUUGACAAUGAAAAGGAUGUGAAGGAUUUGAUUGAGGAGGAGGGAUUAGAAGAAGAAGACAACGAAGGCAUAGAGGUGCCUUAUUUUGAUUUUGAAAGUAUAUUAAAUGCAACAGAUAACUUCUCAGAUGCAAAUAAGCUUGGACGUGGAGGCUAUGGACCUGUCUAUAAGGGUAAGCUCCAAAAUGGUGAAGUUGUUGCGAUAAAGAGGCUUUCAAGUAUUUCAUCACAAGGCUUACAUGAGUUUAAAAAUGAAGUUGUUUUGAUCGCUAAACUUCAACAUCGUAAUCUUGUUCGACUAAGGGGCUAUUGCAUUAGAGGACAAGAAAAAAUUCUAAUUUACGAAUAUAUGCGGCACAAGAGUUUAGACUCGAUUAUAUUCGAUCCAACACAAAGUGGAUUUUUGAAUUGGCAAAUCCGGUUCGACAUUAUUGUUGGAAUUGCUCGAGGAAUGCUCUAUCUUCAUCAAGAUUCUAGAUUGCGAGUAAUCCAUAGAGAUUUGAAAACCAGUAAUAUUCUAUUAGAUGAGGAGAUGAAACCAAAAAUUUCAGACUUUGGAUUGGCGAAAAUAGUCACAAAUAAAGAUAUCGAAACUGACACAAAGAGAAUAGUAGGAACUUAUGGAUAUAUGUCACCUGAAUAUGCAAGAGAUGGACGUUGUUCGACCAAAUCUGAUGUUUUCAGUUUUGGUGUAAUCAUACUUGAGAUUAUCAGUGGAAAAAAGAAUACAAAAUUUUCCCAGUCCGACGAAUAUCUAAGCCUUUUGGAUUAUGCUUGGACACUAUGGACACAGAACAAGUUGCUGGAGUUAAUGGACAAGUCUUUAGGUGAAAGUUGCAAUGCGAAUCAAUUUAUUAGAUGCGCACAUAUUGGACUCUUGUGUGUACAAGAUGAUCCAGGUGAUAGGCCAACCAUGUCAAAUGUUGUGACAUUGCUUGAUAGUGAGACUGCAACCAUUCCAACUCCAAAACAACCAACUUUUUUUGGAGGCAGAAGAGCCCUCUCCACCACAACUUCUUCAAGUAAACCGGAAACAACUUCCAGCAGACCAGAAAUAACAAGUAUUCAAUUUGAUAGUACUAGUAGCAUUCUAGAAGGUCGGUAGAACAUGAUGAUCAAGGCGUUUAUUUCUUCUUCUUUCUAGGCAUGCGUUUUUAUGCAAACUUAUAUUCAUGAUAUGCUUUUUCUUUUUUUUAAGUUAGGAGUGAGACUCGAACUCGCGACUUUAUUUUAAAUGAGUAUGAAGAGAGUAUGUCAUUUGAGUUAUAGUUCGUUGGCCAUGAUAUGCUUUAUUAUCGUUAUCGCGUAUGUUUUAUUUCAUUUGUUGAGUCAUAAUACAUAGAGUCCUUG